UUUGCAUGGAUAAAAAUUGAAAAUUUCUAAUUUUCCUUGUGGCAGCAUACAUUUAAUUUGUUCAACAUUUUAUUACAACUUUUCACUUAUUACUAGCAUGAAUGACAAUUUAGAGAGUGAAGAAUCCACAAUAUUGAAAUUCGUGCAAGACUUUUUUGCUAACUAUGACAAAAAUCGUCACAUACUCCACACAUUGUUCCCAGAAGAUGGUACGUUUAUUGUACUCGGCAACCGUAUGACUGGCCAUUCAGCAAUUCAACAAGCCAUGUUAACAAUGGCUACGACAACCCAUCAACUCUUCAGUAUUGACAUUAUAGCUCUCGAUAUGCAGUUACCAGAUAAAGUUCAAAUGUUCCAAGUGCUGUGUGCAGGUGAUGUCGUAUUUGGAAAUGAUGCACAAACACACGGCUUUACUGCUACUCUUUUAGUAUAUUUUUUGAGGCCUAACAUUUUGAAUGUUGUAUCGUUUAACGAACGAUGUCAAUGGCCUAAAUUGUCCUAGUGUAUGAAUAAACAAAUUUAUAAAUUACCUAAAAGGUACAAAAUAAAUGUUUUUUAUUUCACAAUAUACCCUA